GUGUGUGUGUGUGUGUGUGUGUGUUCAGCGUGACGCCUCCUCUGCAGCAGACGUCCCCCCCGAGCUUCAGGACCCCGGCAUGUAUCGCUACCUGACCUCAGAUCAGCUGUUCAAACUUCUCGACUGCCUUCUGGAGUCACAUCACUUCGCAAAGGAUUUCAACUCCAGCGCAGAGCAGAGGACCAUUCUGUGGAGAGCCGGGUUCAAAGGGAAGUCGAAGCCUAACCUCCUGAAGCAGGAGACCAGCUCUCUGGCCUGUGGGCUGAGGAUUCUCUUCAGGAUGUACAAGGACCCGGGCCGGAGCGACGCCUGGGACGAGGUGCAGAGACGCCUGCUCAGUGUGUGCAGCGAGGCCUUGGUGUACUUCCUGUCUCUGACGUCAGAGAGCCACAGAGAGGCCUGGACCAACCUGCUGCUCCUCUUCCUCACCAAGGUGAUGAAGAUCAGCGACGACAGGUUUAAAGCCCAUGCGUCCAGAUAUUACCCCCUGCUGUGUGAGAUCAUGCAGUUCGAUCUGAUCCCAGAGCUGAGGGCCGUCCUCAGGAAGUUCUAUCUGCGAAUUGGCAUCGUUUUCAACAUCGCUCAGCUGCCGGAGCCCCAUGAUGAAGAGGAGGAAGAGGAAGAGGCACACUGAUGCUGCUACACACACACGCCUUUACUCACACGUCCUGUCGGCGGACCCCAACUACUGACUAACAGCUCUGUGACAGAAGGAUCUAUAUUUCCACAACGUGUGCUUCUUACUGUAUUUAAAGGAGAAGACGGUCCGAUGCAAAGAGACAGACGUAGUGACUGUGUGUCCUCGAGGCUAGCGUUAGCACUGCUAGCUCCCGGGGAACCGCUGUGUAAUAUAAUCUGAUAACACUAGAUCUCAUUUAUUUUCUGUAUUUGGUUCCUCUGGAUUUGCUGCACUUGAUCUCUCUCUGAAUGCACUGGAGAUUUGACUCUGUGAUCAUUUAUUUCUCUGCAGAUUAUCAGCGUGGAAAGUGAAGGUUAAAUUAUUCCAUUUGAUAUGUUUUAGGUUUUUAUUUGAUUUAGAUACUGGGGCUUCUGACAGAUCAGAGCUAAUGAAAGCUGCUUCGAGUCACUAGUCCAUGUUUAGGUUUCACUCGUGUACAAAAUCAGAAGUUAAUAAUAUAUGUAAUGUUUGGUUUGGGGAGAGCUAUCUGUAUAGAGAAGACGACGUUAGCUGUGCUUUAAGUUUGAAUGGGAAGCGUUCCUGUAGAAAACAACAUGUAUAUGAAACAGCAAUGUAAAGUUUUCUAUGUCGCAAAAAAUGUACGACUUUCUGUACGAGACUUCAUCCGGCAUCCUAAUCAGGUUCUAGGUCAAUAAAGUUUUUGAACUUGG